UGCUUAAAGCAGACUUAUGACAGAAAUUAGAAUUCUAUCCAGUAACCUCGAUUUUUAAAAUGGAUACUUUAAAAGACCUUUUACCUACUAGAUUAUUUGAAGUAUUAGAAAAAGCAGGUAUUUGUACCACAAAACAAAUAAUUAUUCUUUCUGUUUGGGAUAUUAAAAAACUUACUAAUUUAUUUAACGAUGAUAUUAAACUACUUAAAAAUAUUUUGUCAAACAAUUGUAGUCCUGUUAGCAUAAGUGGAAAUUCUUUGGAAGAUAAAAAUGUUGCUGUGAAAACUGGCUGUGCAAGUAUUGAUAAAAUACUAAAAGGUGGCUUUCGAAUAGGGACAUUAACAGAAAUGUAUGGUGAAAGUGGCUCAGGAAAAACACAAAUAGCACUUCAAACUGCAGUCUAUUGUGGCACUAGUGGAUGUGUGUUUAUAUGUACGGAAGAUUUAUUUCCUGUAAAAAGAUUUAAUCAAAUAAGCCAAUAUGUCUGGCAUGAUAUAAAAGAUACAGAAUGUAAAAAGAAUAUCUUUAUCGAACAUCUUACUGAGGCUCAUGAAUUAAUAUCAUGUAUCAGAGUGCGUUUACCCAAGUUAUUGAAAUUUAAUAAAAUAUCUGCUGUCAUUUUGGAUUCAGUAGCUGCCCCUUUUAGGUGUGAAAAUACUAACUAUGUACAAAGAGCAGAAGAACUUAAAGAAUUGGCUAUCUUGCUACUUAAUAUAGCCCAAGAAUAUAAUAUAGCUGUUAUUUGUAUCAAUCAAGUGACUGCUUGUUUCACUGGUUCUGAUGAUGUACUGCCUACAUUAGGACUAGUAUGGUCUAAUUUGAUUUCUUGUAGGUUAAAAUUAACAAAAACAAUAGAUUAUCGGGAAUUAACUAUUGCUUUUGCUCCACAUUUAUCCAACGCACAAGGUGCAAAAUUCAUAAUAACAAAAAAUGGCAUAGAAGAUAUGGAAAAUAUAUUAAUAAAUAAGUGAACCAA